GGGAGGUGCAGCCUCGACCGCAGCCCGCGCCCUGCUCUUCCUAGCCUCGGUUGACCUCUCCAAUUCAGCGCCCCCCCCCCCCGCCCAAUCCAUGGACAGCUGUGAAUGUUGUGGGCGCCCCAGGAAAUGCCUGAUCUGCCUGGGCGUGGGUCUCCUGGUUGUCGCGGUGUCCGUGGUGACCGUGGUCGGGGUCCUGAAAUGGCGACAAUCCAAGCCCCUGGCGUGGAACGGGACCCGCACCACCCCGCACUUUUCCGAGAUCUUCCUGGGACGAUGUUACACCUACACGCAAGUCCUGCGGCCUGGGCUGGGAAAUCCAGACUGUGUAAGCAUAAUGAAUGCAUUCAAAAGUGCAUUCAUUUCAAAGAAUCCUUGCAACAUCACCGAGGAAGACUAUCGACCACUAAUUGAGCUGGAUAAGCAAGCUAUACCCUGCAACAAGUCUCUCUUUUGGAGCAAAUCAAAUGACCUGGCUCAUCAGUACACACAGAUCCAGAGGGAGAUGUUCACCCUGGAGGACACAUUGUUGGGCUACAUGGCUAACGAUCUCUCAUGGUGUGGUGACCCCAACACUUCUGAGAUGAAUGAACACUCCUGCCCAAACUGGAGGUUAAACUGCCCUAACAACCCCGUGUCAGUGUUCUGGAAAGUCUUAUCUCGGAAGUUUGCAGAAAAUGCCUGUGGUGUGGCUCAAGUGAUGCUCAAUGGUUCCCUCCUUACGCCCUUUGACAAAAGCAGCACUUUUGGAAGUGUGGAAGUCCUUCAUUUGAACCCACAGAAGGUUCAUACACUACAAGCCUGGGUGAUGAAUGACCUUGGAAUACUUCCCAGUGCCUCAUGCUCAAAAACGUCCAUAAAUGAGCUGAAGAUGAUUGUGAAUCAAAAGCAUAUUUCAUUUGAGUGCCAUCCAAACUACAGGCCUGCCAGGCUCAUUCAAUGUGUGAAAACUCCUGAGCAUUGCAGAUAACACUAUCUGCAAGAGAACAACGGAUGGUUUACUUUGACCCCUGGGAGGAUACAUCCCCAUGUGGGACUCAGCAGAGCUGAGAUCUGGAGAGUGAAAGACCUGGGGUAGGAUUUGGUUACAGCUAUCAGCACGAGAGAUUGAAGCCUUUCCUCACAAAACUCUGAAAACUCACUUAUGUUACUGGCAUAGUUCUCCGUGCGUCCUACUGCUAUGCAGAAGAAGAGUAUAUCAAAAUGAAAUGUUAUAUUAAGUAUUUCAUUUUAACUUUUCCUGUAGUGCUUUGAAUAUUGUUUAUAGUUGGGUAACAUACUCUUUGGGGUAGGGUUGGCAAAGGAACUCAGGCCUCUCAUGCUUGCUAGAUAGACCCUCUACCACUCAACUAUAUUCUUAACCCAGCUAGGAGCAUCCUACCUGUUGAAAAGAAUGACUAUAACAAACAUCUUUUAUUAAACAGGUGAAGAGAACAGUUAAAUAAUCAAAGUUUUCAUAAGAUACCACAUUUUUAAAUGAAUAAGUGACUUCGUUUUUGGACUUCCCUACAGAUAGUUGAACCAUAAACUCCAUAGUCAUGAGUUAUUUGGGAGGAACGUGUUCUGAAGACUUUAACCCACCCAUAUGCUUGGUGCUUGAUCUCUCAUCUAACAGUCCUGGAAAUAUAAUAUAAUGUAAUAUAAUAAAUAUAUAAUAUAAAAUAUGAUUUAGCUACAGAUAUAGAUGUAACAUCAAGACAGUGG